CUACUAGCGCGAAAUUCCUCCAAAAAUGUCAAGCUGCAGUGAGGAGAGCCUCAACUCCGCACUGAGCUUCUAGAUAUCCCGCCUUCGAAAAGUACAUCCCGCACAUCUCCAUUUCCACCAUCCACAAGACAAUAUACAAAAUGGCGCAAUCUUUGAAUAACCUCUACAAGCUCAUCGUUCCCUUAGGAAUCGGUGCUGCUGCCGUUCAGUCCUCUAUGUAUGAUGUUAAGGGUGGCUCUCGAGCAGUUAUCUUUGAUCGUUUGUCCGGAGUCAAGGAAACAGUCGUCAAUGAGGGUACACAUUUUCUGAUUCCUUGGUUGCAAAGAAGUAUCAUCUAUGAUGUGCGCACAAAGCCAAGAAAUAUCUCAACGACAACUGGAAGUAAGGAUAUGCAAAUGGUCAGCUUGACAUUGAGAGUUCUACAUAGACCUGAGGUUCAACAACUACCUAAAAUCUACCAGGUUUGUUGCCGGUCUUUUUAUGUUUGUAGGUAGUUUAAUACUAAAUAUGCAGUAGAACUUGGGUCAAGAUUAUGAUGAGAGAGUUCUCCCAUCCAUCGGAAACGAAGUCCUCAAGUCCAUCGUCGCUCAGUUCGAUGCGGCCGAACUUAUCACCCAGCGUGAAGCAGUCAGCAACCGUAUUCGAUCGGAUCUCCUAAAACGUGCCCAAGAAUUCAACAUCGCUCUUGAAGAUGUCUCAAUUACCCACAUGACAUUCGGUAAAGAGUUUACUCGUGCCGUCGAGCAAAAGCAGAUCGCUCAACAGGAUGCCGAAAGAGCGAGAUUCAUAGUCGAGAAGGCAGAACAGGAAAGACAGGCAAAUGUCAUCCGUGCAGAGGGUGAAGCUGAGAGUGCAGACACUAUUAGCAAGGCUGUUGCAAAGGCAGGGGAUGGCUUGAUCAUGAUCAGAAGAAUUGAGGCUAGUAGAGAGAUUGCGCAGACGUUGGCAAGCAAUCCUAACGUCACUUACCUGCCCGGUGGUGGUGAGGGUGGUAAAGAGGGUGGUGGAAAGUUUUUGCUUGGCUUGAGAUGAUUAUGACUAUUGGGACCAAUGCGGAAUGGAAUUAAAUGAAAAAAAGCGGAAAUGAACCUUCUGUGUACUAUUAGGAAUUAGGAACAUAUAAUAUCCCCUCUGAGCUGGAAGAGCGUCUUCCCCUUUGUACUUUAUACGUGGUAUGUGCCCUUCGCUGUUUGUUGUUCAACUUUGUGCUUAUUCCUCUUAUAUAAAACUACAUCAAGUACAAUGCGAUCAGGAAACAAAUGCUAAUAGCUUCGACUUCCACUAUAUGCACA